AGUCUCGAACCAUCAAGAUGGGAAUCCUCAGCGUCUUGAAGGGUCUCUCCGUCGUGUUCCCCGUCAUCGUGAGCACGAUGGGGAUGUUGAUGGCUUCCGGUGUGAGCUACAACAUGCUGGUCCAGAAGUUGUGCAAUCCUGCGGGUCCACCGGAGGACAUCAACAAAUUCAUCUGUCCUGACAAGUCAAUCAUGGACCACAUCACCUCAAUAUUAUCUACAAAAGCAGGAAUACAGGCCAUUAUAGCGGCAUUCUGUGGUUUUACGUUCGGUUUCAUCCGAGAUCUGACUGGAAAGAGCAAAAUCUUGAUGUACGUAGGCGUCACUGGAGAGUUGGUUAGCGCCUGCGCAUCCUUCGCAUCCGCCUACUAUUGGAACUCCUCACCUUGGUUCCUGGCCAUAAUGCAGGCCAUUGCAUCCGGAGGUUUCGGCGAAAAUAUAAUGCAGAUGGGAGCGGCUUGCAUCCUCAUGGCGGAAUCGACUCCUGAGGAAUUGCCAUUAAGAAUGCAGCUGUACGUAGUCUCUACCCUUACUGUGGCUAUGUUUGGAGGUUUGCUGACAACACUUGUAGUGACCACGUUCGGCUAUCUCUGGCUCUUCAUCUUGUGUAUCGGAUUGAACGUUUUGGCUUUGAUUCUGAUCGUGAUCUUGGUCAAGAAUAAGGGAUACGACCGCAAGACUUUCAAAGAAUCAACGGAUAGCUUGAAGAAGGUUUUCAAGUGGAGAGAAAACGUCACAGUGCUUUGGUUUAUGCUGAUCUGUUUGGCAGUAGCUCCGAUCAUAUUCACCGGUGAGGCACUCCACAGUGGAAAAUUCACCCAGAUAAAGUUCCAUUAUUCAAUGUAUCAAGGCCAGGUCUUAGGGCUUUUCUCUUUCCUGAUCGCCAUUGUCGGAUCGGUUGUGGGCCCGACAAUCCUCAGGAACGUGUUCCAUUUUAAGGAGCUGAGCAUAGGAAUCGUAGUCUGUUUUGUAAACAGCGCUGCAGCUUUUAUGCAUGCCUUCAUCAACACCGAAGUCUUACUGUAUCUUGGUGGCGCUGCCUACUUCUUGAAGCUGGCUGCAUUGCCUCUGCCGAACAGCGUUAUCACCACUAUCGUCGGCCAAGAUGAACUAGGUACCUACCUCGGAAUAAACGCCAUCCUCACUUCUUGUAUACCUUUCGGUAUAACGAAGCUCUACCAAGAAGUGUCCACUAGAACCUUAGAUACGUGGGUUGGUGCCUUCUAUUUCGUAUCUUCGGGCUGCUUUGUUUUGCUCGGAAUUCUCUACAGUGUCAGUUACUGCUUGUAUGUCGAACCUAAGAAACAAGGCAAUACAGAGAGUACCGAAAACUUGAGGCGAAACUUAGAAACUGUUAAAACCAUUUCACCAGAAGAUAACAUCGAGAUUUGAUAGAUAUUUAGUUUGACUCGAUUCCAAAAUUGUCAGUUACUGCUUGUAUGUGGAACCAAAAAAUAAGGAGGACCCAGAAGACCCAGACAGUACAGAACGCUUGAGGAAAAAUUCAGAAAAUGUAAAAACCCGUUCACCAGAG